CCACUCGUCACUCGAAGCAUUCAAUAUUUGUAUAACAAUGUCUGUGAAAAUAUUAACUCCCUGUGGUAAAAACGAUAGGGCGCCCUCGAGCGUUGGAUGAAGUCAGCCAUGCCAAUUGGGCGAGACUAUUUUCAUUAAGGGGGAUAUUUAUUCCUGUGAACCAUUUUCAACCAUAAAUUACAAUUUUUGGAUCAUUGAUUUUGCUAGACAGAUACUUCUGUGAAGACAUCGUAAAAAUGAAGCUUAAAACGACUAAAUUAAAUGACAUCGUACUAAGUUCAAAGACAAUUCUGAUACCGUUAUAUCUUACCCAUACCUACACGAAGUUUUGUGUUCCUUAAAAUUUUAUUUCACUUGAGCAGGAUGAAACAGACGAUAACAUUUUACGGUGUGCUCUUUUUCUGUUAAAAUUGCUUUUAGUUUUUAUUAAACUAGGUAUUUGGAAAGUUGAAUACUAAUUAUUUUCUUUAGUAGGCUUGUCUUCGUGUUGGUUUAUAAAGUUCUAAUGCCCGGUAAUGGAUUAAGAAAGGCAGUUUUGGAUUUUUUUUUUGCCUUCCAAAAACUGCCAUAACUCAACUGCGGACUUUCUAUUGCCAGUGGGUAAAUUGUUAUUCGAUACUCCUGAUGACGGAACAGUCGUGUGUCGAUUCGCGCUACCCACCUAUUCACAUGUGGAAGAAUAUGGUGCGGAUAAUCUCUUGAGAGACAGUCCCUUCAGAACAUCUCAUACAUCAUCGAUGAAGUUAUCGGCUUGUCUGAAGCGUCUCGUGUAGCCAGGAUUUCAUCUCCUCCGGUCCAGUUGUUAGAUGGCUGCUACAGCGUCGCUGACUCCACAUCUGACCUUGUUUCAGGCUACAGUAGACCAUGUUCUCUCCCUUUGGUUUCCUGGGUCCUAGGUCUAGUAUGGAGUUUGCGAACACACCCCGCAGCCACCCAUCAAACAGAGUAGAAGGUACCGACCAUGAGAGUGAAUGUCUUGAACACGACGAUGGAUCUCACAUGAUGGCACAUCAAGCUGCAGCCACCGGCAAUGUACCACUACUCAUGGAAGCCGUCAAUCAUGACCCUAGUGCCUUGGAGAGCCAAGAUGAAAAAGGGAUGACACCCCUAUCACGUGCAGUCACCAGUAAGCAACUAGACAUGGUCAAGUUACUAGUCAAGAUGGGUGCAGAUAUCAACACCCAAGAUGCUCUAGGGAGGACACCCCUCUGUCUGGCUGCAUAUGAGGGAUGGUACCAUGGCGUUGUCUACCUAUUACGCAGUGGUGGCAAGCAGGCCAUAGCAGAUCGCAGUGGGCGUCUACCACUCCAUGCUGCAACCUACGACAAAGAUUCAAGAUCGCUUUCAGCCCUUCUUCAAACCUUGACCAUCGGCGAUGUGAAUGAACCUGACAAUGAUGGCAUGACAGCGUUACACUGGGCAGCGUUCCAUAACCGUCCUGAGCACGUGCAGUUACUCAUGCUACGAGGUGGUGACCUAUUCAGCGUGGACGUCGACGGCAAGACUCCACUUCAUUGGGCCAGCCAGAAUGGUUGUCUGGCCUGUUGUUCCAUCAUGGCUAAAUGUCGCAGCGGGGGUGCUCCGUUGAUCAACAUGCUGGAAGGCUCAGGCAAGUCCUGCGUACACCUUGCAGCCGCGGCAGGCUACAGUAACAUCCUAGAGGAGUACGUGGAUGUACCUGCUGUGGACUUUGAGUCUUUGGAUCCUGAUGACAGGACUCCUCUUCAUUGGGCAGCUGCUUCAGUUCAACUUGAAUGUGUUGAGAUGCUACUCCAACUAGGCAUUGAUCCCUCGCCUCAUGAUGUCAAUGGUGGCACCCCACUGGACUAUGCUAAGCAAGCAGCAAAUCAAGACAUCAUCACAAUAUUACAACGAGCAGGAGCUCAGUUUGGCACCAUGGCAACCGCGUCAUCGAGGGCAUCCCAGGAUGCUGAUAGGACCGGCGAGGGAGAUAGGAGAGAACCUUGGAAGAAACGGUUUGGGUUCAUCAGCGAGUGGUUCAACCGACGGAAGAACGGUCUGAGGUACAAAUCCUCCUCGGAGGAAUCGGACGGACCCAACGGUGCCCAAGACAGGACGGUAGUUGCCAAGGUAACCCCGGAUCAUCCCAACUAUGCAAUGGGUUACAACGAGCCGGAUUGUCACUGUGAUCACAUCGCUGGGAGCUCGGAGGAGGACCUAUCAGAAGAGGCGCUCCAUCCAACCGUCACGGACACGAUUAGAAACGAACCUCACGGAAACCAAGAUGAUCUGGAAUCCACACUCGGCAAACGAAGCCUGAGUGAAGAUCUGAGUUACACCAGAAGGAAUUCAUUCCCAGCCAGUGGAGGGGGUGGUCUAACCAUAGACUCCCUGGACAAAUCCCCACGGAGGGCAUCCGAUAACAUCCUAAGAGCCACAUCUCCUAUGCUCCUGGAUAACAUCCACUCUAAAGGCAACUCAUUAGAUAAACACAAUUUGCUGCCUACGGUUACUUCUCUAACCGCCUCAGGUUCCCCUAAGAGUCCAGGGUUUAUGACUGAUGAGGGGUUGUGUCUAGGCGAGGUGGCCAUCCCGCUAAGACCGUUAUGUCGGGACUUACCAGACGCCGACACGGUACAGCGGCAUGCACAGGAGAUACUGGAUGCACAAAGAAGUGAGAGUUGGUUGAGCUCGGGUAACAACGGCAAUCGUAAACCAAUACCUAGUCUGUGUGGCCGGAGUUUGUCUCAGAAGAACCUCUACAUCUCAAAUGUUCCUAAACUGGCUCCACUCACAUCAAGGCCUCCCAUGUCACCGGGUACAGGAGAAUCUACUUUCUCACUGCCACCUCAACGGACAACAUCGAUAUCUCCAUCUUUACUCCUCCGAUCAGACACAACGUCAACUAGCAUGCCGUCUCACUACUUGCCAUUGAAACAACGAUCCUUCUCCAUAUCGUCUGAUACUAAAUAUGGUUCAUGUCCAACGAUCAACCAGAAGGGUCUCAUUAACAGGUCCAGCAAUUUGAAGAGUUCUCGCCUGGAAGCGUUACAGCCCAUCCAACCACAUGGCUCAGCAGAGAAGAGUGAAAAGAAGAAAAAGAAGAAGAAACCCAAGCCGCUGACUGCUGGUAAACUUCAAGAAAGCUUUGACUCGACAGACUUGACUCGACCCGCCUCAGCCGAACCAACAAAGACUCACCACUUCAGCCAUACGUUGUCCACCCCGUUAGAAACGGUCACAGCUUCUGCAGAAUCGACAGUCAAAUCGUGAUCCUAUUUGCCAUCUUCAGUUUCAACUUUGCAUUCUUUAAAGCUUAUACCAUGUUUUUGUGAAUUAUGUAGGCAUUUAAAAAAAAGUGUUUGGAAAAAAAUCCCCUUGAAAGGAUUUGUUAGACGUGACAGAAUAACACAGGUGAGUCGUCAGCCGCGUUGCAGUAAAUGUCUCACAAUUCAAUCCAGUCUCAAGUCAAUAGACUGACCCAUUUAACUCCGCCCAAGUGGUUACAGUGUCUGACUCAUGUCAGAUGGUGCGUGGGUUCGAACCCUGCCAGGAACAUGGUGUUUGUGCCCUUGGGUAAGACACUAACUACAAUUGCCUCUCUCCACCCAGGAGUAUGAAUGGGUACCUGUGAGGGUAGAGGGCCAAAUGUGUAAUGAUAUCGGCUGCCGCGUGGUCUCGUUACCUGACGAACGGGGUAAUAAUUGUAAAGUGCUUUUAGAUUGUUGUUAUGAUGGAAAGUGCUAUAUAUUACAAUUUAUGGCGUUUUGACCAUUCACAGCAGUGAUUAAUGUCGGGCAGUAAAAGUGUGAGAAAUAAAAUAAAAAAUUAUGAACAAAAAAUGACAAAAGUCACAAGUAUUCUCCCAGUCGUCAGAAUUGUCCAUACUGGUGGUGUAUAUAUAGAAAAAAGAAAUAAGUUAUUAAUUGUGCUCAAAUAGUGUAAAUAUCUGAAUUGACAGAAAAAAAAGUGAUUUUUAUAUAUCUGUACAGAUGAUUUCACAGUUCAGUACUCUAUGAUUGUAUAUUCAAACACUUUCAACGAACAAAUCAAACAAAUUUUAUUCACCGAAUCAGAUGUAAAGUGCCAUUAAUUUUGUAACACGAUAACGGAUCAACUAUAUUUUGGUGCACAUGUGUGUGUAAGUGUUUAGACAUUUUUCCCUUAGUGAAGUGCAAUUACAUUUUGUACUGUCUGUUUUCCAAACAGCUUAUGGUGAACAACUCAUUUUUCCUUGCCGAUUAUUUUAAAAUAUUGGUGGUUGAAUGGUAAGACAUCUGCACUAGUAAGCAGGAGGUCGUGGGUUCGAGUCCCACCCAAGUAACGUUAAAAAGGUUUUCUCUUUAUUUUUGUCAAGAUUUUCUCACAGAGCCUCGGAAUGUACAUGUACAGAACAUACAAUGUAUCCAACAUCACCUCAAUGAAGGGCAAACCAAAUAAGGUUAUUUAUUUACUUCGGAAUAUUUUGGUUUUCUGGUAUAAGCAUUGAUUUUUGUAAGUCAAACCAUGGAAAGCAUUUCUGAAAACGAAUGGACAAAGUAUUGAUAAUUUUUAAAAAUGGAUGUUUGUUUUACACGUAAUUCUCAUGAGAACCAGGGGUGAGAUUUGUCUGAUUUUUCCUGAUUUCAGGAUUUUGUUGUCAGGUUUUCCCCCUGAUUUCAGGAUUUUUAACGAAUCUCCUUUGAAAUAAGGAAUUCCUGAGGUUUUACUGUAAAGAUGUUUUUACCUAUAAAAAUUUAAAAAGAAGAAAAGAAAUGUGUCUUCAGAAGAACCAUUAGGCAAAUACAAAUAUACCAUAGACCUAUGUUGCUCUAGGACCCUAGGCGACCCUCAAAACCUCCGCCGAUUAUUUUGUGUUUUUUCCCUUUUUCCUUCAAUCUCACCCCUGGAGAAGCUCCAAAAUUAUAGCAAUGAAUGCACCUGCCUUCUCUACAACUCAGUAUUUUUUUUCCAGUAUUUGAUGUGUAUGAUGCUGCCAUCUAACUUUGAAUUUUGUUUUAUGUUAAUAUUUAUCUGAACAAGACAUUCCAAAAUAACCACAUCUGGCCUUAGUUAUAGACCAAUCCAGGCAUGUUAUUAUUUCUAUCACGAUGGCCCCCUUCAAUGGUGAAAGCAUUGUGCUAGCUAUUGUUCAGGAUAACUGCCAUGGAACAGUGUGCUUUGUACAAUAGCUAGCACAAUGCUUUCGCCAGUACAGGCCUGUGUGAGUAUUGAUCAGGUGGCCAGAUUUAUCUAUUCUGUUUCUGGAACACAUCGUUACAUCUCAACCAAUGAACAACAGAGGGCGCUGUUGAUCAGAACAAUGGACAAUCUAUUUUUACUGCUACAUAUAUUAUAAUUUGAACAGCACCCAUUGAAAAGUCUAAUUUCCAGUGUGCAAUAUGUAAUUCUUUGGACGAUCAAGUUUCAGAAAUUUAAUUUAUUUAGUAGUGUAAAAAAAAGAGUAUUUAUUUAUUUAAUAUAUUAUGAAAAUGUUUUAGCAAUACUGGUAACAAUGUCUGACCCUAAUGAAAAUAGGCCUACACAAAAACCAAAUUUUAAUUUAUGUGAUUUAUGUCUUGGAGAUAUUGCCAUUAAUGUCAUCGGAAAAUAAAUGAUUUUAAGAACUGAUCUGAAAA